AUGCGUCGGAAAAAGGCAAUAAAAUCGUGGCAACGUGGAAAUGGUCAGAUGGAAGUGAGGUUAUUUGCUAUGGUUGCUCCCAGCCCAUAUCGUAAAGUAAUCAUCGAUCUUCACAAGAAAGACUUGUCGACGAAGACCAUUGUGAAACAGCUCGGGAUUUCUCGAAGAACAGUCCAAGCGGCCGUUCGUCGAUUUAAAACGCUUGGAAGUUAUAGGGAU